AAUUUGUUAAGAUACUGCGCACUAGGCUUCUCCGAAAGGCAGCGAGUCGGAAACCCGCUACGACGUAUAGAAGGCGGCGGUGGCUUAGUGUACGACUCAUCUAUCGAGGUAGAUGAAGCCGAUGAGAGGGCCGGUGAGGCCGAUGAUGAUGAUGAUGAUGAUGAUGAAGGGCUCUGGAUCACUGGCCCGAGGGACCUGGCGGCAUUCGAGAUUCCAGAGACGACAGAGGCAUACUUGCCUCUCGUUGCCUAG